ACCAGCGUGAGUCAGAAUCCGGCCUCCGCCCUUCUGCCUGGCCGGAGGAAGUGUUGAUAAGAGGUGUCUGUCUCUCCCUUCGUAAAUUAUUGGGAAAAACGGAUUAAAUAUGACGGGACGGCUGCCUCCUUGUAUCGUGGAUGUGGGCACUGGCUACACCAAGCUGGGCUUUGCGGGCAACCAUGAGCCACAGAUGAUCAUCCCUUCGGCCGUGGCCAUAAAGGAAACGGCCAAAGUAGGCGAACAGUCCCAGCGGCGCCUGUGUAAAGGUGUGGAAGACCUCGAUUUCUUCAUAGGAGAUGAGGCCAUGGAUGCAACUGGAUAUGCUGUCAAGUACCCGGUGAGGCACGGCAUUGUGGAGGACUGGGACCUGAUGGAGAAGUUCAUGGAGCAGUGCAUCUUCAAGUAUCUUCGUGCUGAGCCAGAAGACCAUUACUUCCUCCUCACUGAGCCUCCUCUCAACACACCAGAGAACAGGGAAUACACAGCAGAAAUUAUGUUCGAGUCAUUCAAUGUGCCCGGCCUCUACAUUGCUGUCCAAGCCGUGCUCUCCUUAGCAGCCUCUUGGGCCUCACGACAGGCCACUGAGAGGUCCCUCACUGGCACUGUCAUUGACUCUGGUGAUGGUGUCACUCACGUCAUACCAGUGGCUGACGGCUAUGUGAUUGGGAGCUGCAUCAAGCAUAUCCCUAUUGCUGGCCGAGACAUCACCUACUUUGUACAGAGCCUGCUGAGAGAGCGCGAGCCCAACAUUCCUCCCCAGCUCAGUAUGGAGACUGCAAAGGCAGUCAAGGAAAAGUUCAGCUACAUCUGCCCAGACAUUGCUAAGGAAUUCAACAAGUAUGACAGCGACCAGGCUAAGUGGAUCAAGCGCUAUGAGGGCAAGAAUCCCGUCAACAAUCAGACCUUUGGGAUUGACGUGGGCUAUGAGCGUUUCCUCGGACCAGAGAUUUUCUUCCACCCUGAGUUUGCAAACCCCGACUUCACAACUCCAAUCAGCGAAGUAGUAGACAAUGUCAUUCAGAAUUGCCCCAUUGAUGUGCGACGGCCACUGUACAAGAACAUUGUCCUCUCGGGAGGUUCCACUAUGUUCAAGGACUUUGAUCGUCGUCUGCAGAGGGAUGUAAAGCGCAUUGUGGAUGCUAGACUGCGCAUCACCGAGCAGCUGAGCGGUGGUCGCAUUAAGCCAAAGCCGAUCGAUGUGAACGUCAUUGCACAUAAAAUGCAGCGCUAUGCUGUCUGGUUUGGAGGUUCCAUGCUUGCUUCAACACCUGACUUCUACCAAGUCUGUCACACAAAGGCAGAGUAUGAAGAGAAGGGACCCAGCAUCUGCCGACACAAUCCAGUCUUCGGUGCUAUGGCUUAGUCUUAAGGAGUGUAGUCACUAUGCAAAAAGGGGGGGGGUAGAAGGAAUAAAGGCACAAAUAAGUUGUUUAUUGAUAUACCAGUGACAUGGAAAUUGAGUCCAAUAGUUUGUUUUUUGUUUUUUUUAGAAUUAGGGGAAGUAAUUAUAAAGUGAGAUAUUUAUACUAGGAACAUAAGGACAUAAGAAUAGGAGGAGAUGACAAAAAACAGAAAAUUGAGAUACAAAUGGGACUAAGAAAGGGAUGUGUAUUUCUUCCAUGUAAAGAUUUAACUUAUUCUUCAGAUUUUGAAGGUUUUUUUUUCUUUCUUUCUUUCUCUUUGCCCAGAGAGGUUAUCUGAAAUUUCUUCAUUGAUUGUGGCUAAUGGGUUAUGAUAUAAUUGUUUGGUGAUUUACAAAAGUUUCCAAUGAAAAUGUGUGUUGUUUUUUUGCUUAUAUCCACAAAGCACAUGGUAACCACAGAUAGGAGAAUAAAAGGCUGCAUUAUAGUGCUGUUAUUGGUGAAUCAGGAAUGCUGCAUCUUAGGGAGUUUUUCAAAAAUGUUAUCUUUCCACAAUGUUUUAUUGUGUAGCAUUGUAUUGUAUGAGAGUGUAAUAGUAUAUAUUUUAUUGAUUACAGUUGGUUUGUUUAAAUGUUUUCUUGUUUUUUUUUAUUAUUUAAUUUAAUGUAUCUGUUGAUUAGGCAAGUACUUUUAAAGCUUUAAAAGAUAUAUUACUUAACUUUUAAAGGAGAAGAAAUGAUUUUUGUGUGUGUGACACUAGCCCAGUAAAAAUAUGAAUGUAAGUAGAAUUAGAAACUUUUAUAUGAUUUCAUAAAAAAAAGAGGGAAAAAAGUGUAACUUGACAUCUACACUUUGUACUGGAGAUUUUUCUUUUGUAUAGAUUAAUAAUGUUUAGUAAACAGUUCCUGGGAAAAAGCCAGAAUUGCAACCAAGAUGAUGAUGGGAGCUGAGAGAAACCUGAAUGUGUGAUUGAUUAAAAGGUACUGAAAACCGAGCAUGUUAGUUUGUUUUCCUUAUUUACAAAAGAUGUGAUGGGUUGUGCAUGAAGAUGAUUACUCAGUUUUCUUAUUUAUCUAUUUUAACUUUUUCUAGUGUGGUUUGUCAAAAUUUAUUAUAAUUUCAAAAAUCUUUGGACGGUUGACAUUAUUAGAAAAUAAUAUUACAUUGCCAUUAUUUAUUGGCUAUGGAUUAUGAAUGUCAAUAUUAUUAAUAAAUGUAAUUUUUUGUAUUGGUUAUUAUGUUUAUUCUUUUCAUUAUUAUUAUUAUCACAUAUUAUCUUGUAAGAAAUGAGAAAUAAGGCAGUAUUUUUCAUUUUUUGCAUUAUAUACUUCUUGUUGUAAGAAUAUCCAUUCAUAUAAGCUCUCAAAACUGUAUUGUAUUAUUGAACCAGGAAUCCUUUUACAGGAAUUAUUAACUAUAAGAAAAAGAUCACAUUUUCGGUUCUCUGUUGCAAUUCUUCAUUUUUUCCCCAUUCUAUGAACAUUUAAAGUAUGAAAGGACCAUUAAUUCAUUCAUACAAUUCACCACCACUGUUCUUUUUGAAUCAUAACAAUAGUCGUUGUCAUCUUCAUAUGAUACAAAAUUGUCAUGGAUAAAAGUACCAAUAUUAUGCAACUUCAUGAUUCCCUUAAUGUGAAUUUAAUGUACCUUUUACAAAGGCUUAAAUAUAUUUCAAACGGCAUUCCAAAGUUUUCAUUCUACUCUAGCAAUAUAUAUAGUCUAUAUUCCAUAUAUAGAAAAUUAAUACUUUUAUGUCUUAGUUAAUAUUAAUGCCUCAUUUAUAUGAAAUAGAGAAUAAUGAUGGUAAUAACAAUAAUGAUGAUGAUGAUAAUAAUAAUAAUAAUAAUAAUAAUAAUAAUAAUAAUAAUAAUAAUAAUAAUAACAAAGUUAAGAAUCACAAUGCAAAACUGUAAAUGAUACUGCUACAAUAAUGCUGACAGUAAAAACAAUAUCUGAAGCCAUCUGUACCAAACUAGAUGGUUUUGUGAAAAAUUGUAUUUUUGUGAAACUUAUGUUGAAAUACAGCUCUCAUAUCCUU